AUGGAUGACAUCCAUGAUUUUGAUACAAUAGAUGUGGAGUUGGAUGCGUACUUCAAAAAGAAACAAGCUUCCCGAUGCAAAGACGAAUUUCUCAAUAUUCUAUGUGAAGAAGACGAUUACGAGGCAGUAGAUGAUGCUCAAACUGAAAAUGAUGCUCAAACUGGAAACGAUACUCAAACUGGAAUCACUAAAGAAGAAUCAGAUGAAGAUUAUCUGGAAGGUAGUAACGAGGAAGGUAGUGAUGAGGAAUUUGAGUAUUCCACCCACAAUCCAAAGGUGAAAUGGAACAAAAUGAGACCAAUGCUUGGUGAAAGGUAUGAAUCCCCACAUGAACUGAAACUGUGUUUGACGAACUAUGCUAUUAGUAAGGGUUUUCAAAUCCGUUUCAAAAAAUGCGAUAGUGUUAGACUAGUGGCAAUAUGUGGAAGUGAUCCAGAGAAGUGUCCAUUUGUGGUUAGGGCUUCUUGGAUGACUACUGAAAGGUCUUUCCAAGUCAAAAAGAUGAUAGACAUUCAUAAAUGUGUUAGGAAUUUUAACAAUUCAAGGCUUAUGGAUCCUACCUGGUUAGCUAGGAAAUUUGUGAAGGAGUUGAUUAGGAAACCUAAUUUAAAAUGCAAAGAGAUGCAGUGUUAUAGAUCAAGGAUGAGGGCACUGUCAUUAAUUCAUGGAAAUUUGAAUGACCACUACGCAAGAGUUUGGGAUUAUGGGCAUGAGCUACUGAGGUCCAAUCCAGACAGCACAGUUAGGAUUACAGUUAAUGUAAACCCUGAUAAUACCACAACAUUUCAUAGAUUCUACAUUUGCUUUAAAGCAAUAAGAGAGGGGUGGAAAAGGGCAUGUCGUAGGGUAAUAGGAUUGGAUGGUUCUUUUUUGAAGGGACAGUGUAAGGGUGAAUUGUUAACUGCAAUAGGUAGGGAUGCCAAUAAUCAGGUGUAUCUUAUAGCUUGGGCAGUUGUUGAUGUAGAGAACAAGAACAACUGGAAAUGGUUCCUGGAUUUGGUUAAUGAUGAUCUUGGAUUGCAGGGUGGAAAGGGUGUGUGUGUAAUCAGUGACCAACACAAGGGUCUUGUUGAAGCUAGUAAGGAUAUUCUACCAUAUGUUGAGCACAGGCAAUGUGCAAGGCAUAUCUAUGCCAAUUUCAGAAAAGUUUAUAGUGGAGUGCAGUUCAGAAACAUGUUUUGGGCAGCUGCAAAAUCUACCACAGAAGGACAUUUCAAGUUUAAUAUGGAAAGAAUUAGGGCAAUAAGUUCUGCUGCUUAUGAUCAUCUCAUGGCAAGGGAACCAACUUCAUGGUGCAGAGCUUAUUUCUCUACUGGCUUGGCUUGUGAGGCUGUAGAGAAUGGGAUUGCUGAGUGUUUCAAUGCAAUCAUUGUAGACGCAAGAAAGAAACCUUUGCUGACUAUGCUUGAAGAGAUUAGGCUUUACAUGAUGGAAAGGGCUUUCAAUCUGAAACAAGAAGCUGAAAACUGGGUUGGUGAAGUUUGUCCUUCUGCGGUAACAAAGAUGGAAGAAUUUGGAGAAGACAUUAAAAGUUGGCAUGCAGUUCCAAGUGGAGUGAAUGAAUAUGAAGUAAGGAAUGGGUUUCAGAACUAUGGAGUUAACUUGAAGGAAAAAAUAUGUGCUUGUAGAUUAUGGGAACUUUCAGGAAUACCUUGUGUGCAUGCACAAGUGGCAAUAUUGUACACCAAUCAAGAUCCAGUUAACUUUAUAAGUAGUUGGUUCAGCAAGAAUAAUUACAAGGCAACUUAUGAUCAGAAUAUACACCCAGUUAAUGGAAGUAUCUUAUGGGAAGAAACAAGCUACACUAAGCCCCUUCCACCCAUUGAAAGGAGGAUGCCAGGAAGGCCUAGUGUUAAAAGAAGAAGACAUGUUUCAGAAAAUCAAGACAAGUACUCUCAAGUGUCAAGCAAGGGUAGAACUGUCCAGUGUAAAAAUUGUCUACAAAGGGGACACAAUAAAACAUCAUGCAAGAAUCCUACAGUGGUUCCAGAACCUCAACCAAAGAAAAAAAUGGGCAGGCCUAGGUUGGAACCUGAUUUGGUUAAUUGGUCAGGAACUAAAACAGGAUCUAGAGGUGGUGGAAGGGCUGGUGGAAGGGUUGGUGGAGGAAGGAGUAGAGGUGGUGGUAGGGGCUCUAGUGGAAGAGGCAAUAGAGGUGGUGCCAUUCCAAAUGUUGAGAGUGAAGGAGUCCAAACAGAAUAUGGGAAGGGUACUUCUGAGUUUCCUAAAUGUGAGCCUGAAGAUGUUGCCAUUCCAAAUGUUGAGAGUGAAAAUGAUGCAAGUCCAGAUUUACAAGAAAUUAGCUUAACAAUUGACAACCUAAGGAAAUCUUUAUACACUACAGAAGAGAUCAUGGACUGUCUUGGACUCACUGAAGCAGAAUUACAAGAAAUUGAAGGUCUUGGAGUGAGUGAAGCAGAAGUACAACAAAUUGAAGAUGUGGAUGUUGCUAUGUCACAAGAUGUUGGAAUUGCUAGCCAAAUAACAGUUGAAGAACUCCCUACAAAUCAUGUACUUGGAGAUGAGGAAAGGAUGAAUGGGGAGGAUGGCAUAGAUGAGCCAGGGAUGGGUGAGAUUCCAGUCAUGCAUACAUUACUUGUGCUUACAAUGUUUGCUUAUAUGGAUACUAGUUAUGCAUGA